AUGGAGAAGGUGGGAUUCCCAGGGCCUGCAGGAUUUGAUGGAGAGCCCGGUGUGCCAGGAAAUCCAGGAGAGGCAGGAGCCCCAGGCCAUGCAUCCGCCCCUGGGGGAAACCUAGUAUCACAGAUGGCCUCAGGCUUCAGUGAGAAGUCCGGUUGGGCUGGGAUGGUGUCAGGAUCAAGGGGUGAAGCAGGACCACGAGGACCUCCAGGAUCGCCUGGAUCACCAGGUCCAAGCGGUGGUCAGGGAAUUCCAGGAGAGGCUGGAGAUCAAGGACUGAUGGGUGAGCCGGGUCAUCGGGGACCAGAUGGGCCACCAGGAAAAGCUGGAUCUGAUGGAGAAGCUGGAUCUGCAGGUGCUACAGGAGAGCCAGGAUUUCCAGGAUCUGGGGGUGCAAGAGGAUUCCCAGGACUCCCAGGUCUUCCAGGAAUGAAAGGUCAAAAGGGACAUUCUGGUCUUCUCGGGUCGAGAGGAGAGUCUGGAGCCCUUGGAAAUAAGGGUUCAUCCGGUACUCCUGGUGCUAUGGGUGCUCCCGGUCCACUGGGACCAGCGGGCAUGCAGGGAGAAAGAGGCAGAGCCGGCCCAACUGGGCCUGUGGGAAAACGUGGAACACCCGGCCAUGUCGGCAAACCAGGUCCUCUGGGUCCACUGGGAAUCACCGGUGUGCCAGGAUUUCCAGGCAGCCCAGGAAUGAAGGGUGAAGCCGGACCCACAGGGGUGAGAGGAAGCCCAGGACAGCAGGGAUCCAGGGGGGAUGCCGGACACGUAGGACCACCUGGACCUACGGGAGAGCAGGGUGCAGCAGGAACUGAUGGAACUCCAGGUGCCCGUGGACAAGCAGGUCUGGCAGGUGUUCAGGGUCCAGCAGGUUUGCUGGGACCCCCUGGUCCCCCUGGUCCCCAGGGAACAACAGGAGUACCAGGACCAAAGGGCCAAUUGGGCGAGGUUGGAGUGCCUGGAUUCAAAGGAGAAGCUGGACAUAAGGGAGAAAGAGGUGACCAUGGUGCUCAGGGUCCAUUAGGCCCGAUGGGAGAGGAUGGGAAGCGUGGACCACGAGGUGAUGCCGGAUCCAUUGGGCCUCCAGGACCUACAGGAGAGACAGGAGCUCCAGGAAAUCGAGGUUUCCCUGGUGCAGAUGGUUUACCAGGCCAGAAGGGAGCCCAGGGUGAAAGAGGAGGGCCAGGGUCAACUGGCACCAAAGGUUUACCUGGAGAUCUGGGACGCAGUGGAGAGCCAGGUUUAACAGGAGCUCGGGGUCUGACUGGACUUAUCGGCGCUCAGGGAGCAGAGGGAAAACAAGGACCAAUGGGCUCAGCAGGAGAAGAUGGCAAACCAGGCCCAGCUGGUUCUACUGGAAACAGAGGCUCAGCUGGACAGAUGGGCCUGCCAGGACCAAAAGGCUUUGCUGGUGAUGCUGGAAAGAUUGGAGAGGCUGGAAGUUCCGGACCUCCAGGUCAAAGGGGACUGCAUGGAAAGGAUGGAGAGGAGGGCGCUGCUGGACCAGCUGGCCCAGCUGGUCCUGCAGGAAAAAGAGGAGAGCAGGGACCACAGGGACUGCAUGGUUUCCAGGGUUUGCCUGGACUGCCAGGUCCACCCGGAGAGUCAGGAAAACCAGGUGAUGAGGGUCUUGCUGGAGAGGCUGGGGCUGGCGGAGCUAUUGGUCCAAGGGGAGAAAGGGGCCCCCCAGGAGAAAGAGGUGAAAUCGGACCUAAUGGGCUGCAGGGACCCAAAGGUAGUCCAGGUGGACCAGGACCAGACGGACCAAAGGGUAACGCUGGUCCAGCGGGUGCUCUUGGAGAGCCAGGUGGUCCAGGACUUCAGGGGAUGCCAGGGGAGAGGGGCAUACCAGGACCUUCAGGCCCAAAGGGAGAUGCAGGCUCUGUUGGAGAUAAAGGACUCGAGGGUAAAGCAGGAGCUGAUGGUGCACGGGGACUUCCUGGUCCUGUUGGACCUGUUGGUUCCAGUGGACCCCAUGGAGAGAAGGGUGAACCCGGCCCAUCAGGACCUGCAGGACGCCGAGGCUCAAGAGGAAUCGCUGGUUCUACUGGUGAGAAUGGUCCAACUGGUGCUGUUGGCUUCCCUGGACCUCCUGGUCCUGAUGGUCAGCCUGGAGUCAAAGGUGAAACAGGUGAGCCAGGCCAGAAGGGAGAGGCUGGACCACAUGGACCACAUGGCACAGCUGGGAAACAAGGAGCACAGGGACCUGUUGGUGUAACUGGACUGAAAGGAGGCAGAGGAACCAAGGGUCCAACAGGCUCUCCUGGUUUCCCUGGGUUGCCUGGGGGAGUUGGACCGGCCGGCUCCCUUGGUGCUGUUGGUGCAGAUGGACCCAUAGGUGCUCCAGGAAAGCAGGGCCCUCCUGGAAUUCGAGGAGAAAAUGGAGCUCCAGGACAUCAAGGAGAGAUGGGACCCUCAGGCCCACCAGGCAGCCCUGGAGAGAAGGGAGACUCUGGCGAGGACGGUCCUCCGGGGCCUGAUGGGCCUCCAGGACCUGUUGGCGCCGCAGGACAGCGAGGUAUCGUAGGUCAGCCUGGACUCAGAGGAGAGAGAGGCAUGCUGGGACUGCCAGGUCCUGCUGGUCCACCAGGAAAACCCGGAACCCCUGGAACUCAGGGAGGCACAGGGCCCGCUGGUGUAGUUGGGUUACCAGGAGCUACAGGGCCAAGAGGAGAUGCCGGUCCUGAGGGUAUUGCUGGAGCAGAGGGCCCUCCUGGUAAAGACGGUCUCAUAGGGGACAGAGGAGACAGAGGAAAUCCUGGUCCAGAAGGUCUGGCUGGUAUUACAGGGUCUGCAGGAACUGACGGUCCAGUUGGAAUUACCGGCGGUCCAGGACAAAUUGGUGAAAAUGGUGCCAAAGGCCCCGCUGGACCCCCAGGACAAACUGGAAUACGUGGGAAAGUGGGCCCUCAAGGACCACAGGGAGAGAAGGGGGCAACUGGAGAGCAAGGAGAGAGGGGUCAGAAAGGUCACAGAGGUUUCACCGGUCUUCACGGUCUCCCUGGAAUAACUGGGGCCACAGGAGAUGCAGGAGCGAUAGGUAUUGUUGGACCAGCUGGGCAGAGGGGUCCUCCAGGAGUGUUGGGUCCUCCUGGAAAGGAAGGAUACAUCGGCCAGCCCGGACCAAUGGGCGCUCCCGGAACCAGAGGGACCAGUGGAGAUGUCGGAGCACAGGGUCCACCUGGUGAAACCGGACCCCCCGGCCCUCCAGGCCCCCCAGGACCUCCCACCGCAGCAGCUGUGGAAGACCUCUUCGCCGCCCCGGCUGAUUACGAUGGGAACGGCGACGUGCCAGAAUUCAACAAAGAUGAAGCCCUUCCCAAUAAGAAGUUGGCCAUCCUGCGUGCAGACACUGGCAUCCAAGCCACACUGAAGACCCUCAAUGGACAUCUGCAAAACCUCCGCAAUCCUGACGGCAGCAGGAUGAACCCUGCAAAAACCUGCCAGGACAUCAAGCAGUGCUACCCCCAGAAAAAGAGCGGUGAGUACUGGCUCGACCCAAAUCAAGGAAGCAUCAAAGACGCCAUCAGGGUCUACUGUGAUAUGGAAAGUGGUGAAACCUGCAUCUCCGCCAAUCCGGCAAACAUUCCCCGCAAAGCCUGGUGGACGAAAUCCAGUCCCAGUGCCAACAUACCUGUCUGGUUUGGAGCCAACAUAAAUGGUGGAACUCAAUUCACCUAUGGAAAUAAGGAGGAGCAGCCUAAUGCAGUGGCUGUUCAAGUGAAGCUGCUGCAGCUUUUGUCCAAAGAGUCGCACCAGACCAUCACCUACCACUGCAGGAACAGUGUGGCUUAUAAAGACGAGACGAGCAGCAACCUGAAGAAAGCUCUGGUCCUCAGAGGCUCCAACGGCCAGGAGCUGAGGGCGCAGGGCAACAACCGCCUCCGAUACACCGUCAUCGAGGACGGCUGCUCACAAUCAAACGGAGAAUGGGGCAAGACAGUGAUCGAGUACAGGACUCAAACUUCGGCCAGGUUGCCCAUCAUGGACGUGGCCCCUAUGGACAUUGGAAAGCCUGACCAGGAAUUCGGCCUGGACAUCGGCCCCGUGUGCUUCUCAUAA